AUGAUUACUAAGAAAAUAAUUUUGGGAUUUGGGACAAAUGUGAUGACUUCAAAUAUAACUGACACUAAAAAUAUGUUUCUCUGCUAUCCACUCCUGCUGAACUCCUGUGCAAAAUCGCAUCGUCUUACUGUAGUUAGAGUGGCAAUGUAUGUUUUCAUGGUGCUGAUGAUCCUCACAACAGUUUUUGGGAACCUGCUGAUCAUCAUCUCCAUCUCUCACUUCAAACAUCUACAGUCUCCAACUCAUCUGAUCGUUCGCUCUCUGGCUGCCAGUGAUUGUCUGCUGGGAUCUUUGGUCAUGCCGUACAGCAUGGUGCGAUCUGUUGAAGGCUGCUGGUAUCUGGGAGAUUUUGUGUGUAAAGUGCAUUCUAGUUUAGACAUGACCUUCUGUAUCUCUUCCAUACUGCAUCUCAGUUUAGUAUCGAUUGACAGGUACUGGGCCAUUUGUGAUCCUUUAAGGUACAAAAUGAGGGUCACAAACAACAUUGUGACUAUAUUUAUUACCUUCACGUGGCUGUUUUCAUUUCUCUACAGUUUUUCUAUUGUGUUUUCAGGUGUGAACAAAAUUGGCUUAGAGUCAUUUAUCAUGCAGGUUUACUGUGUGGGAAGUUGUGUUCUGUUUUUUAACAAACAGUGGGGUUUAAUAUGUCCAAUUCUCACAUUCUUCCUUCCCGGAAUGAUCAUGAGCUCUCUUUAUAUGAAAAUCUUCCAUGUUGCAAGAAGACAUGCAAAGGUUAUGUCAGAAAGAGUGACUGUGGUGACAGCAGGAGGGUUGAAGAGCCAAAGCUCUGCACAAAGAGAAGGAAAAGCAGCGAAAACUCUGGCCAUUGUCAUGGGAGUUUUUUAUCUUUGCUGGCUGCCUAUUUUUAUUGCUACAAUCAUUGACUCUAGUCUUAAUUUUGUGACUCCAGCCAGUGUCUUUGAUGCUUUGGUUUGGUUUGGAUACUUUAACUCCACUUGUAACCCAUUGAUAUAUGGGUUUUUUUACUCUCGGUUUCAGAAGGCCUUUAUGAUUCUCAUAUCAUCCCGUAUUUAUGGCUUCAGUGAUUCACGCACCUUGAGAUUUGAAUGA